UCCCUCUAUUUUUAUGCUAUCCGGUAAAAUGCACAAGAAUUAAACCAACUGUUAACAACUCUCUCAUCACUUGGCGCAAAACUGUGCAGUGUUAACUUCCAACUCAAACCUUAUCCUCUCAAACCCUCCUUAAACCUUCUCAGUUUCUUGAAAGAAAAUGGCAUCAUCUAUUACUGCCACAUCCUCUGUUGUGUCCGUCGCAUCUCCUCAUUGUGGUAGAAUGGAUGAUAAGAUUUUGAGUUCUUUGAGUAGAUUGUUGUCAUUGGCUUCCAUAUCUUCAAGUUCCUUCGUUGGUAGGAGAAAGGAUGUAAAUCUGCAGAAAAGGAGGUCUCUUAAGGUCAAGGCAAUCGCCAAGGAACUGCACUUUAACCAGGAUGGUGAUACUAUUAAGAAGGUACAAUUAAGUUGGCAGUUGGUAGUCGGUGUAAUUUGUGGGCAAAGAAUCAGCUUUGUUAAUCAUUACCUUACUAAUUCUUUCAUUUCAGACUGCUGUAAACAAGCUUACAGAUUUAAUGGGUGUUACCCCUUGUCUGAAAGGGAGGAAUGUGUUUUAGACAGCAGGAAUGGAUGCCCAAAAAUUGUUAAUGAUGGUGUCUGUUGUGAAAGAGGUAUACUUAUCAUUGAGCAAUUAGCACCUGUUUCAGUCCAUAGCCGGCAUUGCAUAUAUUAAGCAAUAAAAGGAGAUUCUGGCUGUAAUAAUUGAACAUUUCAGCUGCACCUUUUUAGUGGUUUCCUUUUCCAUAGCCAGCACCUUGUUGCUGCUGUUAAUGCAGGAAACAACUAUGAUAUAGGAAAUAUGAUAGCUAAGGCCAUGAGUAAAGGGCGGAGGAAAAGUGUACUGAGUCUUGAGGAAUGAAACAGUUCGGACAGUAGACAAUGCAAU